GAACUCUUUUGUAAAUAACAGUAGUGGCUAAAAGCGGUUGCAGUAACCUGGUCAUCUAGACAUUUAAAUACUAACCCGAUUACUGCUGUAGUAACUUUAACUGGGAACGCGAGUGAUAUAUGAUCGUUUGGGGGGUGGGGGGGUUAAUAAUCAAUAGCGCUGUUAGAAGCUCUUUAAUAAAGCUCAAGUUUACAACUUCACCCUGCUAGCUAUUAGGCUAACGGUGCUAACUGUGCUAACGGUGCUAGCUCCCCAAUGCAGUAGCAGGAUGACAGUUAAACCAGCUGGCUAGUCUGUGAGCGGUCUGGUUAUCUAGCUAGCUUGAGACACCACAUAAGCGUCAUAUGUGGUGUUUAUUCAACAUUUUAACGCUUUAAUAACAACCAAAAGGGUGCAGUUAAUAACCAAGUAGUGGAUUUCGGUGUAUUGCAAUCAGACCGGUUUAAUCAGUGCCUAGAAACGAGAAGAUUUAUUAUAUAACCAUAAAGCGAUUCGCCAUGUUGGCUGAAAAUAGGAAACGACAGCGUUCUCAAGGCGAUGAUAAGGCACUUCUGAUGCCUCAGGCCAAAAGAUCAAGCACAACAGCUCAGUGUUCUGAUGGAAGCAGAGAAGCCUGGGAGUCUGAGUCCUCCAGCAGUGACAGCAGUGGGGUCAGUAGUCCAGAGCAUGCAGCUGGGACCAGCAGCAGCGCAAGCAGUCAGAACGGAGCCGAAAACCUCAGGACAUGCAGUCCACAUAGUUCCUUGGACCAAUCUGAAGCUACAACCCUGGGCUCGUAUGAACAUAUCAACCGUGUCUUGAGAGAGGCUCACUUCCAGAGCCUAGAGAACAGAGGUCAGUCACGUUAUAGGUGACUUUCAGAGACUUUCACCUCUCUGGCAGUGACCCCCUUCACUCUACGUGAGGAGACGGGAUAGAGACCAUCAACAAGUUUAUUUUGAGUUAUGUUCUAGAACUCUCAUUUGUGGUUAUUGUGAAUUUUUUUUUUAUUGAAAUUAUGGCCUGAAACUGUAAAACUAUUGACUAAUUUAGAGAACAAAAGGAUUCACAUUGUAAGCAAUAAUAGCUUGGUGACAAUGCAACCUUUUGUGACAUGCACACUGUGUAUUUUUCUUCUGAACCCACCAGUUUACACAUAAACAAGAGCUUUGUUGCAGGUCAUACUGUGCCUGGUGCAUAUUCUCAAUUUAUUGCUGGUCCACUUGUGCACUGGGAGAUACGCAGCAAUGAUCUAGAAAUCUUUUGUUUAUUUAUUGAACUCGAUUGCUAAGAUGGCACUUCAUGUAUGUUGAUGCGAGGUGUAAACUUAGGGUUGUAAUAACAAGCCUCUGGGUUUGUAACUUUGAGAUGGAACAGCCACUACAACCUUACAUCAACUCACUGAUGUGUGAUUUCUUUUCUUUACUCCCAUCUCUUUAUUGCUCAUUAUCCAACGCUCAUGCAGAUCCUCCGGCAGGUCGAUCUCAAAUUAAAUGAAAGAUUACUUGUUUAUUUUUGGGAUAUAUUUUUAUGAAAACAUUGAAUGAUAUUUUGCAUUCAUGUCACCUACAUUUUAAAAAUAAAGAUGGCUGUUCCUAAAUA